AUGGUUCGGGAGCUGAUGGCGGCAGCGAGAAGAGCCUCCUUUUGCGGGACUUUGCAAGGUCCCAGAAAUUGGGGAUUUCCAGCUCCUGGUACCAGCGCUCAGUCCCACAUCGUCGGACGUGGUACAGCGCCCCCCCAACCCCUCUUACCCUUCUACAACCCCUCUAAAGCCCCCACACCUCUCUUACCCUUCUACAACCCCUCUAAAGCCCCCACAACCCCUCUUACCCUUCUACAACCCCCUCUAAAGCCCCCACAACCUCUCUUACCCUUCUACAACUUAAGCCCACUACCCUCUUACCCUUACAACCCCUCUAAAGCCCCCAAACCCCUCUUACCCUUCUAUAACCCCUCUAAGCCCCACAACCCUCUUACCCUUCUACACCCUCUACAACCCCUCUUACCCUUCUACAACCCUCUAAACUUAAAAAACGUAAACAAACCAAGCUCAGAAAAUGACACCAAACAACCACAACAACAAAAGCUACAACCAGCAGGCAACACCACAACCCCUGACGACAGCCCACCACACGCCACAACCAGCCCACCACACGCCACAACCAGCCCACCACACGCCACAACCAGCCCACCACACGCCACAACCAGCCCACCACACGCCACAACCGCCACCACACCAUGCCCACCAACACAGGCGCCCCACCACACGCCCACCAACCACCACCACAACCAGCCCACCACGCCACACCAGCCCACCCCACGCACGCCCAACGCCCACCACACAAACCAGCCCACCACACGCCACAACCAGCCACCACACGCCACAACCAGCCCACCACACGCCACACCAACCAGCCACACACGCACCACACGCCACCAGCCCACCGCACGCCACAACCAGCCCACCACACGCCACAACCAGCCCACCACAACCGCCGCGCCCCGCGCCCACACAGUACAGCUGCCGCCACAACUAAUCUAG